AUGACUGCGGAUGAAUCUUCCAGCCUGCCGUCAGGUCCCAUCCGCACCCCUCCCAACGCCCUCGCCCUCCUCCACCCACACAAGUUAUCGCCCCUCCCCCUCCGCUGCGCCCUCCGUGCACAUAAGUACGAGUCCACGUCCUUGUCGUUCACAUUCCCGUCUUCACCAUCACCUUCCUCACCAUUAUCCUCAUCGCCAUUGACAAACACUGGCACUCGAUAUGAGGAUCAAGGAAGGACCGUGGCGCGGCUGGGAGUCAGUUCACACCCCAUCAGGGUUGCUAAUACAUCAGUCGAGCAUGACCAGAAGUACACCGAGGUCAAGCCGCGGCCGUCGACCCAGGUCGAGUGCAAAGCCGAGCUCAUGGUUGAGUGCGAGCAUAAGAAGGUACGGCCGCCAACACUGCAGGUAGUAACACAGCAGGACUUCAAGAUCAUGGUCCAGCCUCCACUCGGCAACCACCGAGACUUCAACUUCUGGCCGACAAUAGACGGGAUCAGAAUCCAAGGCCUGGCAGGGUACGGCGUCAGCUUCUCGCAGCGUUGCGCCAUCUCGGACAGGCUCGAGGUCGUGCAUGACGGCUCGAUUGUGCGUCGGGCAUUGCGCUUCAAGAAGCUGGAAUGGACCGAGGGCGAGAAGCCCGAUAAGCGCUCCUCGGCCGACGAGCUGGGUACCAUCGAGGUCAAGCUCGGCUUGGGCACGCUGGGGCCCAGCUCGAACCAUCAUCCGCACGUCUCGAAACCGCCGCGGCCCACCAUCGCCGAGAAGGUGAAGAAGGUAUGUGUCAUCGUUGGGGCAUGGCUGAUGCGUAAGGUCCGCUUGACGUCUGGCAAGGUGCUUGGUCCGUACGAGUACAACCACCUAGUCCGCCUGCACCCCGACCCUCACACCCCCAUCUGCUCGGUCAAGUUCACCUAUGCGACCAGCAACGUUGUCUCUGCCCUGCUCAAGGAAGCCAAGGAGAGUACCCGCAACCGCGCGGGAUACCGUAAUGCGACUUGCUCCCCCUUCGAGGACGACGAGGUCACCCUACUCGAGUUCCGACCCCCGGUGAAGCGCGAGCGAUCGAGCAGCACGCUGUCGACUGCCCCUGAGAGUUCGGCUGAGGGGAGUACCGGAGAUGAGAAGGGCAAGCGGAGGUCCAAGAAGCAACGCGUGGAGAAGGAGACUACCAGCAAUGGGACCAGUACAUCCGGUGAAGUGAGCCGGGACAAGGGGAAGGUGGGACCAAGACGCGGCAAGGAUGGGCGUUUCGUUCGUUCUCGAUGA